AUGUCGCUCUUCAGUGGUGUCGGCGCUUCGGCGACCACGGCUGGUCAGACCAACACCACGGGUGAUACCUCGAAAGAUGUCGCCCUCAAUUCUCCUCCCGAGGACAGCAUCUCGGACCUCCGAUUCUCGCCCGCCAGUGAUCAUCUUGCAGUCGCCUCGUGGGACAAGAAGGUUCGCAUCUAUGAGAUCAACGACCAGGGCCAGAGCGAAGGCAAAGCUCUGUUCGAGCACGAGGCCCCUGUCCUGAAUUGCUGUUGGUCACCGGAUGGUACGAAAGUGGUCGGAGCCGGUGCCGAUAAAGCCGCUCGCAUGCUGGACCUCGCAGCCAAUGCAACCACCCCCGUCCAAGUCGCCGCCCACGAUGCGCCCAUCAAGUGCUGCCAUAUGAUCCCGAACCCGGCCGGAAAUAGCCCGCUACUGGUGACCGGCUCUUGGGAUAAGACCGUCAAAUACUGGGAUUUGCGACAGUCCACGCCCAUUGCGACGGUGGAGUGUCAGGAGCGGGUCUACACCAUGGACGUCAAGAACAAGCUCCUCGUGGUCGGCACCGCUGACCGGUACAUCAACAUCAUCAACCUCGACAACCCCACCAAAUUCUACAAGACUAUGCAGUCCCCCCUCAAGUGGCAGACGCGGGUAGUCAGCUGCUUUUCCGACGCCACCGGGUUUGCCGUCGGCAGCGUCGAGGGCCGCUGUGCCAUCCAGUACGUCGAGGAGAAGGACUCCAGCUCCAACUUCAGCUUCAAGUGCCAUCGCGAGACCCCCCAACGGGAUGUCCACAACAUCUUCUCCGUCAACUCCAUCUCCUUCCACCCUGUUCACGGCACGUUCAGCACCGCCGGCAGUGACGGCACGUUCAACUUCUGGGACAAGGACGCCAAGCACCGUCUUAAGGGAUACCCCUCCGUGGGCGGCACCAUCUCUAGCACUGCCUUCAACCGCAGCGGCAACAUCUUCGCAUACGCCGUCAGCUACGACUGGAGCAAGGGCUACUCCGCCAACACCCAGCAAUUGCCCAACAAGGUCAUGCUGCACCCCGUCGGCCCAGAAGAGGUGAAGCCCAGGCCAGUCACCCGGAAGAGGUAA